AUGCCUCCUAAACAAACAUCUAAAACUGGCCGAGGUCAACCCAAAGCUACCACUAAAAAAUCAGCCAAGGCUUCUGAACCUGAACCUGAGCCGCAGUCGAGCAAUCCAUUCGAGAUAUCCGAUGACGACAAUGAUCAAGCUGGGCCCUCAACACGCGAGGUCCAGGCGGUUGAGGAAGAAGAGCCUGACAAGACGAUCCCGGCGGAGCUUCUGACACGGCUAUUACACGAAUUCUUUUCGAAAGAUGCAACGCGGAUAUCGAGAGAUGCCAACGCUGCAGCGGGCAAGUACUUCGACGUGUUUGUAAGAGAAGCGAUUGCACGCGCUGCUGUCGAGAAGGAUGUUGGGUUUCUAGAAGUUGAGGAUCUGGAAAAGAUCUCGCCUCAGUUGCUGCUGGACCUAUGA